GAAAAGACUCCAAGUCGAAGCAGACGAUAUUAUUUGUUACCAACAGUCUACGAUUAGUUCGUUAAUGUUUGAAAUGUGACAUCAUUUCAAGCACAAAAAGAUGUCCAAGAUUUUUAAGAAAGGAGAGAAGGCGUUUGAAACACCACGUCCUUUUAGAUUGAACCACCAGAUUCUGUGUAUAACUGGAGUCAACUUUCAGAGGAAAUCGAUUAUUGGCUAUGUGGAGUUACAUCUUCUCCCCCUCAGGUCAGGGGUCAACCGCAUCUUUCUCAACAGCAAGCAGUGCAGGAUCUACCGAAUCUGCAUCAAUGAGGUGUGGGAGGCAUCCUUCAUGUACAGUGAUCCCUCUCUGUCCAUCUGUCAGAAUGAAACGAAGCAGCGUAACCUAGAUUUUUUCUCUGGAUGCCACAACACUGCCAUGAACUCUGUUGACCCGGACCAGGCCAACGGAGAGCUUCUCAUCAAGAUACCCCAGGACGCAAUGCAUCUUGUUAAUAAUGAGAAGAUGCUGAGGGUGAGCAUCGAGUUCUCCCUGGAGAGACCCCAAGGCGGGCUGCACUUUGUUGUUCCGGACAUGGAAGGCUCCAUGGCUGAGAGAGCUGCCCAUAUGUUCACCCACAGCCACGAGAACUCAUCCCGCGCCUGGUUCCCCUGCGUAGACACAUACUCGGAGCCCUGCACCUGGAAGUUGGAGUUCACAGUGGACAAGUCCAUGACGGCCGUGGCGUCAGGCGACCUCAUGGAGACGGUCUACACGCCAGACAUGCGGAAGAAGACUUUCCACUACGUACUGAAUCAGCCUACGUCAGCGCCGAAUAUUGCACUAGCUGUCGGGCCCUUUGAGAUUCUGGUUGACCCCGUCAUGCCAGAGGUCACCCACUUCUGUUUGCCUCAACUCAAGCCACUUCUGGAACACUCCACAGCAUUCUUGCAUGAGGCAUUUGAUUUCUUUGAGGAGUGUCUAGGUACCAGAUUUCCCUACAGCAACUACAAGCAGGUGUUUGUUGAUGAGGCAUACAAGGACUACUCAUCCUUUGCAACGCUGUCCAUCCUCAGCACCAACCUGCUGCACUCCCAGCGCAUCAUCGACCAGACCUUCACGACGCGCCGCCUCAUGGCACAGUCGCUCUCCGAGCAGUUCUUUGGCUGCUUCGUGGGCUCCCAGAGUUGGUCAGACCUCUGGCUGCCCAAGGGCAUCUCCAAGUACCUGACGGGCCUGCUCCUCAAGAGGAUGUUUGGGGUGAACGAGUACCGCUACCACAUACACAAGGAGAUGACAUCACUCUGUGAGUACGAGCAGGAGAUUGGCGGGGUGAUCCUCCACCCUGAUCCCGUGACCGUCCCAAACGCAGACUCGGAUGACCCCGAGAAAACCUCGGCCCAGCCCGCCCCCAAGUCGGGGGAGAGCGGGGCGUACUUCCCGAUCCGUAGCCCUCACACAGUGUCCUGGAGGUAUCUGGACAUGAUGAGGGUCAAGGCUCACCUGGUCAUGAGGCUGAUUGAGCUCAGGAUCGGACAAGAUCUGCUGCUACAGGUGUUCAACAAGCUUCUGUCACUGGCUGCGUCAGCUGCCUUGCUGAAGUUUAUCAGCAACUCCUGGGGGAACAUGCUACUGUCAACCAGUGGGUUCUUGAAGUCGCUGUCCACUGUGUCUGGCAAGGACCUUUCGCUGUUCCUGGAUCAGUGGGUGUACCAGGGCGGGAUCGUGCAGUUCACUGGCAGCUUCAACUUCAACCGGAAGCGGAACAUCGUGGAGCUGGAGUUGAGACAGGACCCGGGGCGGAAGGGCAUCCUGAAAUAUGUUGGACCUUUAAAGGUGACCAUCCAGGAACUUGAUGGAUCUUUUGAGCACACGCUGCAGGUGGAAGAUAAUGUCACUAAGGGAGACAUCACCUGCCACUCCAAAAGCCGACGGAACAAGAAAAAGAAAAUCCCCUUGAAGAAUGGUGAAGAAGUGGACAUGGAUCUCAGCACAAUGGAUGCUGACUCACCUGUCUUGUGGAUCCGUGUCGACACCGAGAUGACCUUGCUGCGUCAGGUCGUCUUCCAGCAGCCCGACUUUCAGUGGCACUACCAGCUGCGCUACGAGAGAGACAUUGUUGCGCAGAUUGAGGCUAUUGAGAACCUAGAGAGGUUUCCCAGUCCCGCAACGGUCAAUGUCCUCUCAGAGAUCAUCGAGAACCGACAGUGCUUCUACAAAGUGCGGAUGCUUGCAGCACAUUCCCUAGCCAAGAUAUCUAACGAGCUGGUUGCAUCCUACAUGGGCCACACCGCCAUCAUUGCAAUGUUCAAGAAGCUCUUUGGUUCCUACUCUUGCUCGGACAUCGUCAGACAGAACAACUUCGGCAACUUCAUGGACUACUUCCUGCAAAAAACACUGCCCGUUGCCCUGGCUACCAUACGCAAUGCUCACUCGCUGUGCCCCAAGGAAUCGCUGGAUUUCCUGGUCGACCUCAUCAAGUACAACGACAACACCAAGAACAAGUUUUCUGACAAUUACUACCGUGCGUCACUCAUCACUGCAUUGACCCACACCAUCACCCCAGCUGUUGCCAUGGUGAGCACCAGCGUGGAAAACCUGACGCCAGAAACGAAGAUUGUGCUUGAGGAGGUGACCCGUUGCUUAAACCUGGAGAAGCUGCUCCCUUGCUACCACCACCGUGUGACCAUCAGCUGCCUGCAGGCCAUCCGCACCUUGCAGAAGAACGGCCACCUGCCCAGCGACCCCACCCUCUUCCAGACUUACGCCCAGUACAGCCACUUUGUGGAGAUCAGGAUGGCCGCGUUGGAGUCGCUGGUGGAUUACGUCAAAGUGGAGUCCAACGCGGACAUCUUCUCCUGGUUGCUGGACAUUGUGGAGCAGGACCCCAUGCUCUCCGUCCGACAUCACCUCUUCCAGAUGCUGAUUGCCAACCCGCCCUUCAGGCACCGGGAGGCAUCGGCACUCAACAAGGAGAGCCUAGUGGAGAGGCUGUGGACCCUCAUGAACUGCGGUACCUCACAUGAUGCCAGACUGCGGUGCGAUGCGGUAGACUUCUACUAUACCCUGUACGGUCGGAGUCGUCCGUCGUGCCUGCCCAUACCCGAGCUAGGCUUGGUUCUUAAUUUAAAGGAGAAACGAACCAUGCUCAACCCAUCCAUAAUUAUCCCCGAGGAUGAGUCGAUGGGAAGCGAUUCACAGUCCGUGGAGGAUAGUCAGGAAGGUAAAGACGACAGUCCGCAGUCCAGCGGAGAGAGCAGUCAGGAGCGGAAACGAAAGAGCAUCUCCCCGCUUCCAUCAUCCUUGUCAUCGUCACGGCAACGCACGGAGCCUAAGAGCGAUGAGGAAGACAAGGAGGGCCCACCUGCCAAGAAGAAAAUAGGCCAAGUCCUGCCGAAACCCAAUCUUGAGACUCAGGGGAGCACAAUCUCUUCAGAGUCGUCUUCCGAUGAAGAUACCUCGCCUUCCACCGAGAAGACAGGACACCCGUCACCGGUCUCAAGACCAGUCAAGUUGGAGCCCGGUACCCACACGACACCCAGUGUCAGACCCAAAGAAGAGCUAGUUGGAGUACCAGGCUUGGCCAAACCGGUGGACUCAAAAUAUCGCAUCCCCAAGCUCAACCGCGGUGGCGACGUAGCCCGUGAGCACUCUGCGUCCAGCAGCUCCAGCAAGUCGCACAAGAAGAAGAAGAAAAAGGACAAGCACCGGCAUAAGAAACGGCAUGACCGGGACCAGGACCGAGUGUCAUCCACGCACAGACUCGACUUGAUGCAUUAAAUACAGGAACUGGUCUCAAGACUGGGACCAGGACUGAGUGUCGUCCCUCACACAGACUCAACUUGAUACAUUAAAGACAGGCACAGGUCUGGACCCGGACCGAGCAUGGUCCUCACAUGGAAUCUACUUGAUGCAUUAAAGACAGGCACUGGUCUCGAGACUGGGACCAGGACCGAGCGUCGUCCUCAUACAGACUCAACUUGAUGCAUUAAAGACAGGCACUGGUCUCGGGACCAGGACCAAGCGUCGUCCUCGCAUAGACUUUACUUGAUGCAUUAAAGACAGGCACUGGUCUCAAGACUGGGACCAGGGCCGAGCGUCGUCCUCACACAAACUCAACUUGAUGCAUUAAAGAUAGGCCAGGGACUAGGACCGAGCGUCAUCUUCGUACAGACUCGACUUGAUGCGUUAAUGAGAUAGGCACUGGUCUCACGACUUCUUGGGUAGCAUCAACUGCCAUGCACUUUUAUGAUUUAACAGAGCCACAACGAAAGGGGCUCAUGCAUACAUUAUUUGGGUUUCAGUUACUGUCUCUUAACCUAAAAGAAGCCUGGUUAGUUUGGACAAUCUCACAGCUGGCGGCAGAUGCCCCCUCCCCCCGAACUUUGCUGCCCCAUACCUUAAGUUUAAAAGUUAGCUUGCUUUAAUUUUUCACAACAGUGAGUCCCCCCUUUAAAGUCUUAUCCCUCUUUAACAUUUGCCGUGGGCGUAUGGAACGCUGCAGUAGAAAGCAUUGUUUAUGCGUAACAAAUAGUGUAUCAUGUCUGAGACACCAGAAAAAAUAAAUAAUAGUUUGAAAACGGAAAGUUCCUUUUCAUUUCAUCAUUUGUGUUU